AUGAGUACCGAUUCAGAUGAAUCUGAAUUUUUGAUAUAAUACUUCUCAAAUCUAAUUUUAGCUCCAGAAAACUUAAAACCUCAGCCAUUAAAUAAUGAAUACUCCUCAUAAAUAUUAUAUGUUUUUGUUCAUACCAAUUAAAGGUUCGAUUACAAAUCUUGGGGUUAAGAAUAUUUUGGAAAGGCAGCUAAAAUAAGUAUGUUUCGAAGAACUUAAAAAUAUGUGAUUUUAAAGUUGUUAAGUGAUUAAGGUAAAUGACAUUUAAAUAUUAAAGUGCUAUUUUAAAAUUUUAGACAUUAAGAGAUGAAUUGUUGUAUUAAACCAACAUUUCAUAUUAGUGCUACACUUUCAGUUUAAGUACCAUAUGAUUACAUAAAUGAAUAUAUAGUUUAAGGGAAUAAGACUAUUUAUUUAUUGGGUAAGGAAUGUAAAUUGUAGGAGGGAGAUAAAUUAGAAUUUAAAUCAUAUAAGGUUGAUCUCUUAAUAAAUAAUACAGGUUCUAUUAUUUUGAUAAUAUUUAGAAUAGAUAAUGAAAGUGAUCUGUAGUAUUUUGAAUAGUAGAAAAUAAGGUAAGAUUUUGAUAGGGAUUUCAUAUGAUAAAGAUUUAAAUGGUUAUGUAGUGAGUGGAUGUUUUUGUUAAGAUAAGAAGGCUUAUUAAGUAGUGAAUACAAUAAUGAAUAAAUGUAAGGAGUUUGGUUGUGAUUAAUGGGUCAAUAUAAAAGUAUAAGAUUGUGGAGUUUUACUUCAAGAUUAAUGUUAUAUAGUGAAUAAUCUAAAAAUGUAAUAAAAUAUAUAUAAUUAGAUUUGAAAUUAUAAUUAAUGAAGGUGUUAAUUAAUUAAUUACAAUAACACCAGGUAAAUAUUAUAUUAGAGAGAAUGGAUAAUCUGUACCAAUAAAGAUGAAAUAACUUUUUAAUUAUUGGAAAGAUUAAUUGAUAACAGAAGAAUAAUUUGAAUAAUGUCUUAAUUUCUAUGAUGAAUUGAUGAAGAAGAAUAAGUUAAUUUGA